CUUCAGCUCCCACUCAUUUCUCACAAACCUCUCUCUCUCUCUCUCUCUCCCGACUAUGGAGCUCUUCUCUGCCCAAUCGUUCCUCCUCUUCUUCCUUCUUUCUCUUUACGUCUAUCUCCUCUUUAACGGUACUUCCAAAAAGAAAUCCAUCAACAAAGGUUUUAAGUCGUACCCCAUACUCAGAACGAUGCCUGAAUUUUUGCAAAACCGACACCGUUUUCUUGAUUGGACAACAGAAACUCUCAGUAGCUGUCCCACAAACACAGCUAUAUUUCGACUUCCCAGCAAGACAGGUAUCAUCACCGCAAACCCAUCCAACAUUGAGCGCAUGCUCAAGACCAACUUCGACAACUAUCCCAAAGGCGACCGCUUCAUAGCUCUUCUCCAAGAUUUUCUUGGUCCAGGAAUCUUCAACUCCGACGGAGAACUCUGGAAGGUCCAGAGAAAAACCGCUAGCUAUGAAUUCAACACCAAAUCGCUGCGCCACUUUGUCAUGGAAAACGUAACCCUGGAGAUCAAUACGAGACUUAUUCCGAUUCUAACAAGAGCCUCGGAAACAGCCAGCGUCUUGGAUUUGCAAGACAUUUUGGAGCGCUUUGCAUUCGACAACGUUUGCAAACUGGCUUUUAACGUUGACCCAGGCUGUCUCGGCGGUGAUGGAACCUCCGGAGCGGAGUUCAUGCGGGCUUUCGAGGACGCUGCAUCGCUUAGUUUCGAAAGUUUCAUGUAUGCCAUCCCAGUUAUGGCGAAGAUUAACAAGUUUCUAAACAUUGGACCAGAGCGAAGGCUAAGAAACGCAAUCAAGACGGUCCAUGAAUUUGCGGAUGAUAUUAUUCAGUCGAGAGCGGAACAGAAGGUUGAAAAAGAAGCAGACCUAUUGUCCCGGUUCAUGGCAAACGAAGAAAACUCGCCCGAAUUUCUCCGGGAUAUCGUCAUAAGCUUCAUUCUUGCAGGACGGGACACGACCUCUUCGGCUUUGAGCUGGUUCUUUUGGCUCCUGUCGUCGAGACCUAAAGUGGAGCGAAAGAUAUUGCAGGAGUUGGAAAAAAUCCGAGUUCAGAAUGGAAAAGAUAUAGGCGAUUCGUACAGCUUUGACGAGCUCCGGUAGAUGAGAGCUUCCAUCUUUCUUGUGGGCCUGAAUUGUGCAGAUCUAGCUUCAGUGAUGAGAAAGGCUAAAAGCUGGAUGGUAGGCGAAUCAUAUAAAGCAUGGGUAUUUUUGGUCCUUUAAAAAGUAUGCCAGCCACACUAAGAAAAAAUAAAUAAACUUUUAGAAAAAUAUAUAAAUCACCUGAAAUUAAAAUGAAAAAUACUAUGCUUUAUAUUAACAGUUAUAGAGUAUAUAAAUAUUAUAUAUUUUUUAAAAAAAUAAAUCAAUUUUUAAUAAUAAAUUCUGUUAUUUUGUUUUAAAAACUAUAUUGACAUUACUCGAUUUAUAACUAUAUGCAUGUGGAGGACAGCUUAUUUUACUUACGUUAUCAUCUCGUUCAAUGUGGGAUCCAUUAUCAACUGUUGUUCUUUUGAAAUUUGAAGAGAGAGAAACCUUUUGAGAGAGGUCAUACCAUCUUUCCUCUUCAUAAAUAGUGGACACCCAUAAUUAGAGGUGUCAAAUGUAUUAACAUCAUGUGUUAAAAUAUGUAUAACAUAUUAUAUAGAUUAAUUUUAAUCCGAUUCUUUAAUUUUAUUGUG